AUGGCAACAAUAAAUAGAGAGAAAACAAAAAUAGACGAUGAAACAGAAAAAAAAAUUUCAUUUGCAUAUCAAGGUUUGGAUUCAAUACCUGAUUAUUUAUUACCACGUGAUAAACAUAUGAUUGAAUAUCUUGAUCUAACAGAAAAUAAUUUGGAUGAUUUGCGUUUUCUUAUUGAUAUUCCAAAUUUACGAACAUUAAUUAUUGAUAAAAAUCGUAUAAAUUCAAAUGUUAAAAUACCUCAUUUAGAUAUGUUACAUACACUAUGGAUAAAUCAUAAUCAAAUAACAAAUUUAAGUGUAUUUAUUCAAACAUUAGCUAUUAAUUGUCCUCAACUAAAAUAUUUAAGUAUGAUGAAUAAUCCUGCAGCACCAAGUUUUUUUAAUGGUGGUUCUUAUAAACAAUAUGUUGACUAUAGACAUUAUGUGAUCAGUCAGUUGUCACAUCUCAUUAUGCUUGAUGAUCGACAAGUAUCACUCGAAGAAAGACAAGAAGCUGAACGUAUUUAUACACCUAUGACGCUUACGCGACGAGAAAGAUUUUCAGUUAAAAAUCGAAGAUAA